GUAUAAACUGUCUUCAAAGAUGUAGAAAAGAAAAAGCGGGCAUGUAUGCCAUUUGUCGUUUUUGGAAGGUGCAAUAACGUUUUUCAUUUGUCGAUAAAAAGUGUUGUUCCUCAGAGUUAAAGUGGAAGACCGAAAACUAUUUUUUGCUGAGAAUUCAUCAUCCCACUGUAUUCCCCACUGAACAUCAGACUGUCACUAACCAUACCACAUCUAACAAGCAAUAGUGUUUGGUGUGACUAUUUUCACAGCACUUGAAAAGUCGUACAUAAAGCGCUUCGCACCUUGUAUUUGGGGGCUGUGAGCACUUGUUACUUUAAACUCAUCGAAAAUCGAUAAAUCCAUCCUGACCUAUUGUUACUUUGCGGCCUCCGUUUCCUCCUGUGUUAGUCAGGUAGCCUAUGUCUCUUCUCAUCACCAGGAUAUCAUCAAUACGCUCAAUUAGGGAUUGCCUUGUGUAUAUAAGGGUGGGUAAAGUUGUAGAAAACAAGACACUCCCCAAAGAAUUACACACUCGUCUCCUGCGCCAAUGACUACUCGCAUCUGUUUCAUUUUACUUCUUUAAAAAACAAUUUGUGCUCCUCUUCGACCAUUGUUACUUUGGUUAUUUUUUGCCUUUAGCAUUAUCACACUGUUAUGUCUUUAGGGUCUGGUAACAGUUGUGUCUCGUAACUGGCACGUCGUGUUACCAUUAGAAGGUUUUCUCAUUGCAUUGUUUAAUUGUUGGUUGAAUAUUCGUUCAUGAGCAAUUCGUUAGUUUGAUAAACAUUGAAGAUGCACCAUGGGUUGUGGGACACGGUAAAUUUCAAAUAUUUUCCCACCAGUAUGUCCAUAUAAUGAGGCUAUCCUUAGAACGUUUGUGGACUGACCUUUUUAUGUUUUUGAUCACGCUAUGUGGUUAUUUUCUAAGUCAUCGAUUUUUUUCGAUAAAAGCAUAUUAUUAUGCUGACUUGGUUGCAGUUUGAAAUACAUGUACAAACAUGUACUAAUAAUUUGAGAUGUAUAAAGACUAGUCAUCUCAGUGAAUCGACCGGCACUGCAUAUAACAUACAACGCCCUCAUCGUCCAAAAUUGCACCAUGACAGCUAUCGGUCGCUAGUAUACUGGCGUGUGUGUUGGCAUGACAACACUGUAGAGCUCUCUACUUAUGCCGAAUAUGAAUUGUAAACCCACUGCCUUGUGUGGUGAGGGCCAAUGGAAAAUGAUAAACAUCAAUCUCCCCUCUGUAGCCGGUGUUUAGGGGGUCACAGUUUGACCCUGUACCAUCAUGGGCACACAUUGAACACUGGGAGUCGGCUCAGGGAAAAUAGACAACCUUAUCGAUCAGGUUACGCAGACUAUGGAUUUUGACGGUGUGUAUAGUUGCAUUGACAUCACUCUAAUAACCUUUCUGGGUAAAACCUGCAUGGUGUAUGUGUGAAUUUUUAGCUGUCUCGCUAGAGAUGAAAACACGCGGACCUUCGCGUUUUGCCUUGGUGGUGAAGUUGCCGUGUACGCUUCUGAUGGAUUUCUGAUUGGUAAGCCAAAAGAACGAGUGGACCUGUCCAUGGGUUAUAAUUACGUCAAACUGGUGCACUUCAAGGCAAAGCACUUCAACGAACUUACGAUGAUUACAACUGAGGAGUGAUUAUCAUGGUCCAUUGAUCUAUUGUGGAGCCUGAGCCGAAAGAAUUGUGAGGAACACUCCGCGUGGGGUGACUGCGAAAAGUGAAGAAUCAACGAAGCGAUACAAGCUGAAAGAACCAUUCGGUCUAUACAGAACAGAACAAUAACCCAUAUUUUACCAGCCCAUGCUUUCCCGCAGUGUCAUCUUCAGACUGUUUUUCGCUAGACUCGGAGAGUCAAUUAGAGCAUGAAUGGAGAUGGUUUCAAAGCGAGCACAGGGCCAGACCUAAGUCCCAGACUACGGUAGCAAUCAGUUUAUUCGUGGUCUGUUGUUGAUCGCCAAUAGCCAUCAUUAGAGGUGUAGCCACUCACCCUGCAAACACCAAUAAGGUGCUUUUACGAUUCUGGUGCGGCAACAACAGCUUUAAUUUGGGGGGGAGUAGAUCUAAAUCUAAAGCAAAAUCUACAGAGAAAAGAACUUGCUAAAUACCAAGUUUUCUUUUUGAUGACUGGACUGAUAACUGCAGUGAUAAUUUGACUGGUGCCAGCGUCAGCCACUGUCACUUGUGUAGCCUUUACAAUGACUGAUUUUUCAUCAACUUCUCCGAUAGACAACCAUCGGGACAACAUCAUCUGUGGAUCGUACCAUUACGCCAAUCCUCAUUCGCAACUUUUCUCGACUCAUGAAACCUUCUCCCAACCGUCACUUCAUUCUAACGGCAAGAUGAGGCUUGGUAAAAGUAAAAGUAACCCCGUAACAUCAGGCGAGUUACCCCCUCUUGUCGGGAUCCCACACGACUUGGCACGGAACCAUCAAACAACAUCAGACACCAGCGCGAUUCCGGCUGUUUGCCGUGGGGCAUUAGACAGCGAUCCCCCCACUGCUUCUUCCGUGUCCAGUCCGCUCAUGAGACGUCGGUUGAAGUACAUGGUGAGGCAGUGUUCGGACUCGGAACUCGUUAAGAACAAUUCCAGUCUGGGACGACUGCGUUUAGGAGCAGCGAGCAGCACGGCUGGUCCCGUGCCUCAUCCACCAGACCAAAGCCCACGCUCGCAGAACUCUUCGGAAACUAAUUCUCCAAGGACUCUUAGCAAACCUCCAGCAUUAAACUCCUCGUGGUCUGGACCAAGCAGGAUCAGUCGCUCACUGGAGGCAUCCCCCAUGGUUGUCAGACGUGUCCGUGAAGGUGUGAGACGCAAUUCUGGAGAACAAGAUUCAUCCUCAUCAUCAAGACCAUCCUCACCACCAUGCUCAGAUCAAGACCAGAAACGCCGCCCCAGACCCUUUUCCUUUGGAUCGUACAGUGAUGUGCUUCAAUAUGUAUCAAGUAGCAAUAAUGAACCAUCUCAGAUACUCACUGCAUCUACACGAGCACCAGGAUCUCCCUUUGUUACCAGGAGGACUGUUGGGUUGAGAGGAAUCGGACCUUUGGCUCUUAGUCGACCAGAUACUCCUGCCAAUGAUGCCUUAUCGCUACAAGAAUCCAAGAAAUCUCACCAGAUAUCUACAUCAUCAGGAGAACGCAGUGAGGUUCAGGACAACGAUGAGGCUAACCUGGCUUUGGAAGACUGUGUCGAUUACGACGAUUCUGUGCUCCCAAGGAGGAGAUUACGGCGCGAUUCGGGUUCCCAGCAUGCACAACGAAACUCUAUCAAGAAAUCCCAACAGGUUGCAGUACCCAUGGGUACCAGUGAUUAUCCCAAUGCCCCUCACUAUCCUCACGAAGACCACGUUGUUGACCAUUUAAUUGAUGAUGACACGGGACAUCCUAGUAACUUGUACGACAUCCAAGAGAGACGGGAAAGUAUUUUGAGCAUCGAAGCAGUGCAAGAAAUCGCACGGAGAUUCGCAAACAACGGUCCAGAUUCCUCAGACGAAGCGACGAACAAAAAGAACGACGAUAAUGACUGUGAAGAGCACAAAAACAAAACUCCAAAGAGAGAAACAACACCCGAAUAUAGGAAGGAACCGCUGACCGCUGAAACACGUGUGUCAAAUUGGUUGAAAGGAUUACAAGACCCAACAGAGAUGACCCCGACUAAUCUUGAAAGAAUAUUACCAGAUAUCAUAUGACAUUUAUUGACCAUUAUUUUGCAAUUGAUGCCUAAGGCAAAACAGUUAACAGAUGUAAAGACGCAUUCUGUUUGCUGAAAAACCACGUGUUGGUAUUUUCUUGUUUUGUAUGUAGGCCUACAACUGCAUUUUGCAGCAAAUGAAAUGACGAUUUUGUAAUUUAGUUAUUAUAAAUUGUUAGGAGACGCACUGCUCUCGGUUAAAUGACAGCUCUAAAGAUGUGGAAAUCAUGCAUACUGUCAAUUCAUAAUAAUCGCGACAAUCAGUCGAUUUGUGAUUGACUCUCUGUUGACACACACAGUGUCGUGAUCAACUAAUUUUGUGGGCGCGAUUCCCAGCCGAUUUGAUGAAUAAGAGAACGAUCAAGAGUUUACUCUUGGAUGGUUCCAGCAUGCAGGGGAGCUACUUUAGGCGACGAAAUGGAACAGUGACUUCAGACUAAGAAGUUUACCUUGACAGUAAAAAAAUUGAUGACUGUUAGGCCUAUAAUUCAUGCACGCAAUGUCGAAGACGCCACAUCAUCAAAAUAAAAAUAAUAAUUGUCCACUGCAGUUUUGCAGUUCAUUUACACGUUGUCACGCUAGAAAAAUGUGUUUACUGAGAGAUUGGUUCAGUGUUGACAGCACGCUAGUUUUGCAGAGGUACGUAAUAAAUAGUUUACUUGCCUUCACAGCUGUCUAUAAUGGAGAUUGGGUCUCUGUCAAAGUGACAGUUUUACAUGUACUGUGAAAUUAAAUGAGAAUUUUUGAAAACAAAUUUCUAACAUGCUAUGCAAAGCAGUUAUUCUCCUACAGUAUAAGCGAUGCAACCACCGUACAUCAACUUACAGAAAAGUUCAGCAGAACCAGCACAAAAAAACGGAUGCCUAGAAUGCCUUCCAAAUCUCACUCACAUGGUGGUCGAUAUGCAAAAGCUUGCACCGAGUCAUGAGGUAUAGCAACAGUGUCUUCAGCCUGGAAAAUUCAAAUUGUUAGGUUUGUGUGCAGUCUAAUAACUCGAUGUGCCAGAUUUUAUUCAAAUUAAUCAAAAGACUUAUCGCGAUGAGCGCAUUACAUGACAUCAAAAGAGGGCGCUAUUUGAUCUACAACCUUUUCAGAAGGCUUCUGCGAAAGUAGGCCUACAUGCUAGUACAUCCAGCGACACACCCAGCUUGAAAUUAUGGAACGUUGCGUUUAGAAAACAAUGUACGAAAGUAUUGCCAAAGUUUUGAAUAAUGAAAUUGUAUCAGGGGGUCUGCAUUUAAUAUAAACCAACAAGCGUUUAGUUGAGGAUGACUAAAAAGGAAGUGAAAAUGAAGCAGUUUCAUUUAAAAUUUCGGCAAUAUGGUUAAAAUUCAAAUGUGUCAUUACUCCUGUGAUGUCACGGUACAUGUACGUUGAUAUACAAAAGAUGUCAGUGGCCGGAUUGAAAAUGUGUGCAACGAAAUCUAGAAAUGUCGAGGAACGUAACUCGUGCCUUAGCAGAUUUUAGAGCAUUUCUCUCAGGACAUGUGCUGGGAAAAAAUAACAUCUACGUGCAACUUCCUGUUGGGUGCCAUAAAGGUCAUACAAAAUAUGCCCAAUAGCCUCGAGAAGUCCGCAUCUAGAAUUCCACCAAGACUGUAAAACUAAGUCACUCAAUACCUCCAUCUACAUGCGCAUAUUUGCAGGAAAAAUAUGGAGGUGACAGGCAUAGGUCAACACUUCGUGCUCGCUGUGAGUACACCGUGCAGGCUGAAGCGCUGUGCUCAGAAUGCAUGAGUUAGUUAAACACUGCUCACUGUCAUUGUAAAUUGACAUUUUUUAGAACCACACCAAGUUUUGCAUCUAUUCCGCCGAUAAUGAGCUUAACUUACUGUUUCUCAAUCCCUACAAGGUUUGCACACCACUAAUCGAAUAUCCCAUAGGCCCGUAUAAGCAAAACGAAUAAUUGAUGAAAAGUGUUAGCUGUAAUCGAUUGAGGCGAUCUGUGUAUGAAUGUCGGUGCUUCGCUUCCCACCGAUUUCUAAAGAGAAGAAACGGUCAGUUGGUGGAUUAAAAGGCUAAGACGGGCCUAAUAUUGAUGGUGUAACCAUCAUAGCUUGGGGUUAUGCCUCUACGCUUUGGAGAAAUGUACUGGUUGGUUUCCCCGUUACAAAGGCUAGCUGCACUUCUGUCUCGUUGCAAUGACAUGCAUUUAGAUGUCAGUUUGUUCAAGGCUACUCUUUAAAUAAACUUAGGGAACUUCAGAAUUGUAAGUGGACUGUAAGCAUCUUUGAACACCUUGGGAACCCAGCAAGACGAGAUUUCGACAAGUUCUGAACGAGAGAACAAUUCUUUUGGCAAACAUUUGUUUUAUCAGCAUUUGCUCUUGGGAAUAUCAAGCCUUCUUUGGUCAAUCCAAGCUAUAAUGCUGUCAUUCAUUCAUGUCUUUGUGAUGAGUUAAAACUCCAUUGUGUGGAAGCAGUUUUACCUAUGACAGGUUUAACAGAUCAAAAGUAGACGCCGCUCUUAGGAUUUUACAACUGACGGUCAGACGAAAACGAGUCCGGAAGAUUUACCUGGAACCUCUCGCCAGGAAUUAUACUUUAUAGAGUGUAAGUAAUGACUGUAACCCGAUGCCACGAAACACAAAUCUAGGCCAGAACUGGACUACUGAUUAAAUGUUAUUACCUCGAUAAUUUUGAAUGAAGUUUAACAGAAAUGUUGGAGUAGGGGGCCUACAGGGAACGAGUGUUCAAGAGUCAAAUAUGCGAGUAGACAGCAUUCAGAUUUUAAUAUUCAGUUGAUUUUCAUCGAUGUGCUGGUUGCUAAGAAACGAAAACUUUCAUAACAAAGUGACAUUGAAAGUAAUAUUUUUCCUGUUUUGUUGACCUCUGACCUUUGCAAGUUGAAGCAGUACCUGAGGGGGUCAGAAGGUCCUUGUCUUGGUCGCAUUGUGUCGUUGCUAAUUCAUGAAAUUUUGCAGAUUUCACUCAAGUCCUGACUGGCGGAGCAGCAGUCUGUUAUUUCCCGGUGACUGGUUCUUCAAGAUCUUAUAGUUGUUUAGUACUAUUGGAUGGUGUUCCUUGGAUGAAAUAAGAGAUUUCCAGCAACGUCUGGAAUCACGGCCAAAUGCAAAAUGGUAAGACCAUAUACACCUGUACCUACAACCACUAAAAUACGAACUUGCUGCGUCACUGUUGAAUUGUAUAUACUGACACUCGAACUUUGCGUUCAUCUAAAUUACAAUAUUGAAGAGGUGUUGUAAAACUUUUAAGAUAGCGUGCUUAUAACUUUUAGGCAUAAAUGGUCAACCUGUGUGAAGUAUGACCUGAAACCUAACCUCACUCCAUAGUUGUUUUGAUCACUUAUUCAGUAGCUUGAUGUGUCAUGUUACUAAAAUGAACACAAACUUCCAAUUUUAAUUUGGCCCAAGAUGCAACAAUAAAGAUAGAAAAGAGGCUCAGAAUGUGGUGCAUUUAUUGCUCUAAACUUCGUGGACAACGAAUGUUUACCUUGCCUAUUGACAGUGUAGACUGCUGAACAAAUGGAGGGAAACCUUAGAACGGAACUAUGACAACAGAUCUGCGUCAUAAGGAUUCCCCUCAGCGGAGAAACAUUCCGGUCAAUUUGGACAGGUAUGGUAAUACGACAUUGAAGCACACUAAAGACACCAGGCUGAUUGAGGAUGUCACAUGGAGAACAUCACGACAGGAGAAGGGUAUGUCAUCGAACAGGGGAGACAUGGCAAAUCAACGGUUAAAGUCGGCUUGGAAUACGGUACCGGUACCAUUACAAGCCGGGGAAAGAUCAACCAGAUGUAUGCGAGGAGGAGGAGACAGGGACAUCUCGUGUGACGAUGCAGGGAGAGUCGAUAGUUCAUUUUCCAUGGUUCAUAAACCGAACAUUACUACAUUCGAAACAAGAUCUGGUGCCACAGACAAGAGCACCUCACCCAGACUACCAGAUGGAUGCACAAGAAUUGCUCUUCCUGCAUCCGUCAUGACCUACAAGUCUCAGUUGAUGACCAAAAGACCAACAUUUCUUAAAUUAAACGAGAAAGUGUCCGACGCAAGCAGCAGUAUCAUCUCCACGAAGAGCGCUAGCUCUGGCAGUCGAGCAUCUGGUGAUUGUCCUUGUGACUUGACAAGCCACAUGCGGAUCACUUCAAAGCCAAGGGGAGCUGCUCAUGUGACAAGUCCAAGAAAUUUGACCCAAGGGCUAAACCUGCCAGCUGUCCGGUCCAGGGCUCAGAUACAAGUCAGAAGAUCCUCAUCAGAACCAGCUAUCAAUUUUAAUUCAUCAAUCACCUCCCACCUGCCAGCGGACCAACCACCCAUACCCGAUCAGUGUUUGCCCGGGCAAACUCACCGCAACAUACCGUUAGUAAGAUCUCUGGAACGACGAGACAGAAGUUGGGCUCGUUUGGAACGGACCAAAUCACAUCCACAGGUGACAAGCCGGACUAUGUAUGGAAAUCGAAAUAGGAAAAAGCAGGAGAAAAGCAGCAAUGAACAAGAGAUGAUGGAAGAAAGGGACGGGAAAGGGGAUGAUGAGGAGACUAAUGAAGACCUUGAUAGGAAAGUACUGACAUGGUUGGACGGAUUAGACAGCGCCACCUGCCGGCGGUUUAUGAGAAGACAGAUGGCUUCCCUUCAAGAGGUUGAUGAUCACUGAUGGGAAAUCUUACUUUAGAGAGCUUACAUGAUUUAAUACUUCACAAGAAUUUAUUCAUUGACUUUUUGAGUAUUAUCACAUAAUGAAACGUCUUCAGAUAUACCGCUAUCACGACCGCAAUGAUCACGCCACAUGGAAACAUUCAAUCGAUAGGAAUAUAUAGUGAGCUAAUAUAAUUUCGUUUCAACUCCAAAUCUUUACUAAAGUGUGGAAAACUAGUUACGAAGUGGAGCCGUAUAUGGCAUCAACUUGCUGGACCUGCACUUAUAGCCAGUCAGAAUCUGGUGGGAGUAUCCAUCACUGCCCUCCGCAACCAUGGGAACAAAUUUUAGUCAUCCACCUUCAACAUCCGUUUCCAUAAUAGUCAUUAACAUCUGAGAAUUACCAGAAUUGAAUAUACAUAGGGGAAAACUCGAAUAUCAAUAACUGUGUGUGUUUUAUGCUGCUGUUUAAACAAUGAGCUGAAUGCGUGUAAAAUGAACACACACGAUGCGACCGUCGGUCAAAAGCGGUCCCUGAUGAACGGAGACGGGUUAUGAUCUAAAACCGAACGCAUGACGGAGAUUCCUCGCAAAAAAUGGUCAGACUAAAAUGUUAUCCAUGGAAAGGGUAGGUUAUCAAAUAAUGAAUACAAAUUAAAUUUAAUUGUAACAAAAAAGAA